CGCCAAUACAUACAACCACACCAACUUUCUUUCUUCUCUUUCUCUUUCUCUUUCUCUUUCACAGAUAAUGCUCGUCUCUACUCAUAAUUCACUAUUGCUUCUUCUCUCCAGAUUCUUUUCUCAUUCUUCUUCUUCUUCUUCUUCUUCUCCUUUCCUUUUCAUUAACUUGUGCUUCUUUCUUCUUGUUUUAUUCUCACCUCUUUUCUUUCCCUUUCUAUAUUUUUCAUUAUUAUUCUUAGUUCCAAUACCAACCACUUCCCUUACUUUCUUCUUUUGAUUCCUAUAUAUGCUUCUCUCUCUAAACCAACUUUUCCUGAUGUACCCACUUACCCAGUAGCGUUAGUCUUCAUUAUUGUUUGUUCUUGCUUUCUAGUGUUUUGUUCUUGAGUUCAGUGCACCCAAGAAUCCAACUUCCUUUUUUUGUCUCGGGAUACAGAGCUUUCUAAUUAUUAUUGCGUACUCCUCCUAAAAAUUUGUACUUUCUUUUGUUCUACUUCUCUCAUCUUACAAUACGCUUCCGUUUCUUGGUAGAUUCUUGUUUUCUGUUGUCGUUUACUAUAACAAAGAACCAAUCUUUUCAUUCAUCACGAGGUUUUCAUUUCUGACCUGCAAAAACCAACAUGGAACAUCAAGAAAUUCAGAUCCCAAUUCUCACUAGCAGCUUUCUUCAGGAUGAUUGGUUUCUAGUGGCAAUGAUUUAAGCAGCAGCUUAGUCCUUUUUGCUUCCUUUCCAAUGGCCAGAAAGUGCUUUCUUUCAGUCCAAUUCCUUUCACUGCUUUCCAUCCUUGUCUUUUCAGUUUGCUUGCCUUCUUUUGGUUUGAACAUUGAAACUCAGGCCUUGCUUGAAUUCAAAAGACAACUCAAAGACCCUUUAAAUGUUUUGGGUUCAUGGAAAGAAUCAGAGUCUUCUCCGUGCAAGUUUUCUGGGAUUACUUGUGAUUCCAUAUCUGGGAAAGUGACAGCAAUCUCAUUUGAUAACAAGUCCCUUUCUGGUGAGAUUUCACCAUCUAUCUCUGCACUUGAAAGCUUGACUACCCUUUCAUUGCCUUCUAAUGCACUUUCAGGGAAGCUUCCUUAUGAGCUUAUUAAUUGCAGCAAUCUUAAAGUAUUGAAUCUUACUGGAAAUCAAAUGAUUGGAGUCUUGCCUGACCUUUCUUCCUUGAGAAACUUGGAGAUUCUUGAUUUGACAAAGAACUACUUUUCAGGCAGGUUUCCGGCCUGGGUGGGAAAUUUAACUGGAUUGGUUGCCCUUGCUAUAGGGCAAAAUGAGUUUGACGACGGUGAGAUUCCUGAAAGUAUUGGAAAUUUGAAGAACUUGACUUAUCUGUUUCUCGCGGAUGCCCAUUUGAGAGGAGAGAUUCCAGAGUCCAUUUUUGGACUAUGGGAGCUGGAGACACUUGAUAUCUCAAGGAACAAGAUCUCAGGGCAUUUCCCAAAAUCAAUUUCCAAGUUGAAAAAGCUUUAUAAGAUUGAGCUCUUUCUCAACAAUUUGACUGGGGAAAUUCCACCAGAGCUUGCAAACCUCACCCUUUUGCGGGAAAUUGAUAUAUCUUCAAAUCAGUUAUAUGGGAAACUGCCUGAGGGAAUUGGUAAGUUAAAGAAUUUGGUAGUGUUUCAGAUGUAUAAUAACAGGUUCUCUGGAGAACUACCUGCUGGUUUCGGGCAGAUGCAUAAUCUCAAUGGGUUUUCAAUAUAUGGAAACAACUUUUCAGGGGAGUUUCCAGCAAAUUUUGGCCGAUUCUCACCACUAAACAGUUUUGACAUAUCUGAGAACCAAUUUUCAGGUAGUUUCCCCAAGUUCUUGUGUGAAGGGAAGAAAUUACAGUACUUGCUUGCUUUGGGAAACAGGUUCUCUGGUGAGUUAUCAUAUUCUUAUGCUAAGUGUAAAACCUUGGAAAGGUUUCGGAUCAACAACAACAUGAUGUCUGGACAGAUUCCAGAUGGAGUUUGGGCAUUGCCACUUGUCCUUCUACUUGAUUUCAGUAACAAUGCGUUCAGCGGACAGAUAUCCCCCAACAUUGGUUUGUCUACCAGCUUGACCCAGUUGAUCUUGCAGAACAACAGGUUUUCAGGCCAGCUUCCAUCAGAACUUGGAAAAUUGAUGAAUCUUCAGAAACUCUACUUGGAUAACAAUAGCUUCUCUGGCGAAAUACCUUCUGAAAUUGGUGCUCUGAAACAGUUAUCAUCCUUGCAUCUUGUACAGAAUUCAUUGACAGGAGCCAUACCAUCAGAACUGGGUGAGUGCGCCAGACUGGUAGACUUGAAUCUAGCUUCUAAUUCUCUCAGUGGUCAUAUUCCUCAUUCUUUUUCGCUAAUGACCUCUUUGAACUCUUUGAAUCUUUCACACAAUCGACUUACCGGGUUUAUUCCAGAAUAUUUAGAGAAACUGAAACUAAGUUCCAUUGAUUUGUCUGGAAACCAAUUAUCAGGAAGUAUUCCACCUUUUCUUUUGAGCAUGGGGGGUGACAGAGCAUUUCUAGGGAACAAGGAACUUUGUGUUGAUGAAAAUUCCAAGAACAUCAUGAAUUCAAAGGUGAAUAUUUGCAUGGGAAAGCACAGUCAGGAUCGAACAAUUGGAGAUAAGUUGGUGCUGUUCUCCAUCAUCAUAUCUGCCUUGGUUAUUAUUUUAGUUGGUUUAUUACUUGCUAGUUACAGGAAUUUCAUUAAUGGUAAAGCAGAUGGAGAAAAUGAUUUAGAAGCGAGGAGGGACACAAAAUGGAAACUUGCAUCUUUCCACCAACUGGAUGUUGAUGCUGAUGAAAUAUGUAAUUUGGAAGAGGGAAACUUAAUUGGAAGUGGUGGUACCGGAAAAGUGUAUCGCCUGGAGUUGAAGAGAAGUGGUUGCACAGUGGCUGUAAAGCAACUGUGGAAAGGAGAUUAUCUCAAGGUUUCGGAAGCUGAAAUGGAGAUUUUAGGGAAAAUCAGGCAUAGAAAUAUACUGAAGCUUUAUGCUAGUUUACUCAAAGGAGGAUCAAGCUAUCUGGUGUUAGAGUACAUGGCUAAAGGCAAUCUGUUUCAAGCACUUCAGAGAAGGAUCAAAGAUGAGAAGCCUGAAUUAGAUUGGCUGCAGAGGUAUAAAAUAGCUUUGGGAGCUGCAAAGGGAAUUGCAUAUCUGCACCAUGAUUGCUCUCCACCAAUUAUUCAUAGAGAUAUAAAGUCCAGCAACAUCUUACUUGAUGAGGAUUAUGAGCCCAAAAUUGCUGAUUUUGGGGUUGCCAAGCUUGUUGAAGUGUCAUAUAAGGGGUGUGACAGUAGCUCUGUUGCUGGUACUCAUGGAUAUAUUGCUCCUGAGAUGGCAUAUACUCUUAAAGUAACAGAAAAGAGCGAUGUAUACAGCUUUGGCGUUGUGCUACUAGAACUAGUAACCGGCAGGAGACCAAUUGAAGAGGCAUAUGGAGAAAGUAAAGAUAUAGUUUACUGGGUGUGGACACAUCUCAAUGACCGUGAGAAUGUCAUCAAGGUUCUAGACCAUGAGGUUGCCUCUGAAUCCCUCCAAGGCGACAUGAUUAAAGUCUUGAAGAUCGCCAUCCUUUGCACCACCAAGCUUCCCAAUCUUCGUCCUAACAUGAGAGAAGUGGUGAAGAUGCUCGUUGAUGCUGAUCCUUAUAUUUACAGGUCUCCAGACAACAAUUUGGAGAAAAAUGAGAAGCUUUUCCUGUGAAGAUUUUCCGUCUUGAUAAUAGUCUAUCUUUCAGCAUCCAAACUUGCAAGCAAGUGUUAGUACAAGUUUGGUAAAUAUAUAUAUAAUAUAUAUAUGUUUUGAUUACAGGCAUAAGCUGGUUUUUGUCAAAGCCAUUGUUUUUUGUUUCUUUUGCAAUCUAAUCAGGUUUCUAGAUUUUUCA